UGCGCAUCGUACGCCUCGACGCUGCCGUUUGAGAGACCCAUCCACACCUGCGAACCUUUGCUUCGCGUCGGCACGGUAAGCAGCGACCAGAUGCGUGUGGCGCACGUUGGCCGCGGUGCACUUGCGAAGCGGUGGACAAGUUCCGCAGUGCGUCCUUCCCGCACCUCCACUCCGCCGUCGGCCGUGGCGAGCCACACGUGGUCAGGGGUUACCGCCAUUGCCACAGCGGGUGACGAGACAGCCAUUACCUUCCCUUCUGGCUUGAGGUUACCCGCGGCCUCCAGCACCGCUGUCAUCUUGUCAAUCUUCCUUUUUUUCCCCUCUGUCUCUCUCUCUCUAUAG